UGGCCUAUUUUGAAUCAAUCACUUUGUUUUGUUUCAAUUUGAGGUGGAUUUUUAGUCCUUUUUUUUUUGUUUUCUUCUUCUGUUCUUUACCUCAGAGGAAUAAUUCACAAUGAAGAUAUGAUCUUGUUGAUGUGAUGCCAUUUUUUGUGUUAUUGGGUCUAUUUAAAGUUUGUUGAUUGUUUUGGUUUUAAAACGGCAAAGGAGAGAUGUUUUCGGGUUGUGUACUGGCGUUUUUGGAGCUGACCAUGAAUUCUUGUGGUUCAGUUGUUAGUGCUUUUAUUUUGGUGAAAGAACAUGGGUUUUCUACCUUAAGCAUAGGAGUAAAAGGUUAAAGUCUCGACAGAAGAGUUGUAAAGGAAUGUGCAUUCUGGGUUUUGGUGUUUAGAGAUUUCUGUGGACCUCAAAAGUUCUUGGUAAUGUUGUAGGUGUGUGUGUGUGUGUGAGAGAGAGAGAGAGAGAGAGAGAUCCAUUGAGAAUAGAAAAACAAAGAGAAUAAGAUAAACAAAUAAGGGAAGGGAGGUGGUGUCAGUUUUGGCAAGUGGGGUGUCUUUGGUUUUGAGAAUUAUAUAUGUUUUGAGAGUUUGUGUUGUUGUCCAUGUCUUCUUAGCUGACCGUUUCUGCCCGGAGUCCUUGCUUUCUGUUACAAACUGAGGAAGCAACCCAUUUCUUUGGGGUCUCUUCCCAGUCAAGUGACCACUUUGUAAAAUCACUGUAUCUCCAUUUAUUCCUUUUCUCCCCUUAUGUGUCCUCAUUUUGUGUGAAAGAUUCGAUCAUACUAAGGAAUGCACAUGAUUUGCUUUUGAUCCAUCCUGUAUAUUUUGACAUUAAGGAGCUCUGUUAGUGGUGAUUUUGGCACUGAUUUGUGCCACUGGACUACUGGAGUAUUUUUGUAGAUUUAAGAGGUAAAAAUCUGAGUGCUAGAAAGAGAAGAGGUUUCAAUCUUUCUUUAGCGAGAUGAAGUUUAUGAAACUGGGAUCCAAGCCUGAUUCAUUUCAGACUGAUGGAGAGAGUAUCAGGUAUGUUGCAACUGAGUUGGCAACUGAUAUAGUCGUUAACAUCGGGGAUGUGAAAUUCUAUCUGCAUAAGUUUCCUUUGUUAUCCAAAAGUGUGCGCUUGCAGAAGCUGGUUGCUACAUCAAAUGAUGAGAACAAUGAUGAAAUCUACAUUCAGGAUAUACCUGGUGGACCUGCUGCUUUUGAAAUAUGUGCUAAGUUUUCUUAUGGUAUGACAGUAACUCUCAAUGCAUAUAAUGUUGUCGCAGCUCGAUGCGCGGCAGAAUACCUUGAAAUGUAUGAAACUGUUGAGAAAGGAAACCUUAUCUAUAAGAUUGAUGUCUUCCUGAAUUCAAGUAUAUUCAGGAGCUGGAAAGAUUCUAUCAUUGUUCUUCAAACAACAAAAUCUCUACUUCCAUGGUCUGAGGAACUAAAGGUGGUCAGCCACUGCCUUGAUUCCAUAGCUUCCAAGGCGUCAAUUGAUACUUCUAAGGUGGAGUGGUCAUACACCUAUAAUAGGAAAAAGCUCCCAUCGGAGAAUGGAAAUAGUCCACAAUGGAAUGGUGUGAGAAAACCGCAAAUGGUUCCAAAUGACUGGUGGGUAGAAGAUCUGUGUGAGCUUCAUAUUGAUUUAUACAAGCGUGUGAUAACAACAAUUAAAACAAAAGGCAGAGUGUCUGGUGAUGUAAUUGGAGAAGCCCUAAAUGCGUACACCCUGAGAAGAUUGCCUGAUUUUAGCAAGGGUAUGAUCCAGAAUAAUGAUUUCAUAAAGUAUAGGUCGUUGGUGGAGACAAUUGUGUGGCUGCUGCCCACUGAGAAAGGAACUGUUUCUUGUAGCUUCUUGCUUAGGUUAUUAAGAUCAGCAAUUUUAUUGGAUUGUGGAGAAAUGGAGAGAAAUGAGUUGAUGAGGAGAAUCGGUCAGCAGCUUCCUGAGGCAGCAGUGACUGAUCUUUUAAUUCGAGCUCCAGCUGGAGAAGCAACAAUAUAUGAUGUUGACAUAGUUCACAACUUAGUCGAGGAGUUUGUGACUCACAGUUCCCAAACUGACCCCAUUGAAAAUGAAUUCCAGGAGAGUAGAAGCCCCAAGUUUGUAAUAGAUGCUUCUACAGUUUUGGUAGCAAAGCUAAUCGAUGGCUACCUAGCUGAAAUUGCACGAGACCCAAAUUUACCUCUUUCAAAAUUUGUCAAUCUUGCUGAAAGUGUAGCAAGCUUUUCAAGACCUUCUCAUGAUGGACUUUACCGUGCCAUAGACAUGUAUCUAAAGGGACACCCUGGAAUCAGCAAGAGUGAGAGAAGGAGAAUAUGCAGGUUAAUGGACUGCAAGAAGCUGUCACCCGAAGCCUGCAUGCAUGCUGUACAAAAUGAGAGGCUCCCGAUGCGUGUUGUUGUGCAGGUCCUCUUCUUUGAGCAAGUCAGGGCUACAGCAUCCGCUGGCAAUAGCACGCCUGAUCUUCCAGGGUCCAUUAGAGCCCUUCUCCCUGGAGGGUCUCAUGGCAGCUCAAGGACCACUACAACUAACACUGAAGAGGACUGGGAUUCUGUGCCAACAGCUGAGGAUAUCAAGGCGUUGAAAGGGGAGCUUGCUACUCUAAGAUUAGGCAGUAGUGGCAGUGAUAGAAACGGAAAUGAUGCUGCUAAAAGUGAUGUCGAAAAGGCUGCAGCUAGUAAAAUGAAAGGUUUGGUCAUGUCAAAGAUCUUCUCAAAACUUUGGUCAAGUAAGGAAAGACAUGGGGAAAUUAGCAGCUCUGAUACAUCAGAGAGCCCUGGAUCAGUCAAUGCGGAAGAAACAAAGUCCACUCCGUCCAGAACUAGGAGACAUUCACUAUCUUAGUUGAGGAUGCUCUUAUUAGCAGAAUUGGAGCAUGCCAUUGUCAGGGUUUGUAAAAUUUUCUCAAAUGACUGUAGAAGAUUAGAACCGACUUUUCUAUGUGGUUUAUUUAUCCCUUGGGUUUUUCGAGCAAAUGGAAUGAGGCAUAUUGAAUAGACCGGGGAUUGAUUUGUAAGCUCACUGCCACAUUUUGUUCCAUGAAAGGCUCUAGAUUGUUCAUUGUUGCAACAAGUAGGUUGCUAAGUUUCUUUACAAUUCUGAUAUCCUGCAAAAGCAUCCGUUCUUAAACUCAAAUAGGAUCCCAAUGUGCAACAAUUCCAAACUAAGCUGAUAUGAAGCAGUACUGCUUAACAUCAUGGAUGGUUGGAUAAUUAUUUUGUGUAAUUACCAUUUCUAAGUUUCGAAUGCUGUACUGAUCUGAGUGUAGCAAUCAAGCCAUCCCUGCAAACAGGAAAUGUGUAAAAAUUAAUGAAUUAAAAGUGAGCUUGUGCUAAAACAAGUUCUGCUAUACUGUUAUA